AUGUUAUCAUCAUCGUCUCCAAGGCCUUGUCUUUAUAUUACUCUGAGACGACCAAGUCACCAAAAUAGUGUAGGGUUUUCGACAACGUCUCAGCUCCUUAACCGACUCUUGAAGCCAUCAGUCUGCAAAAAUGUCAUCAGAUACAACAACACGAAGGGUCGGAUGUUCUGCUCUAAGCCAACACACUCGUACUUGUUGAUUGACCACCUCCUUAAGACCAACAACUCUCACAAUGAUCAAGUAUACUACGAUGAUAAAUACAAAGAGAAACUCGUGAUAAAGGACAAGGGACUCAGAGAAGAGGUCCGAGUGGCGAUGACCGAUGGAAUUCCACAUAAUAAAGAUGGAUACAGAGUUACCUUGGGGAAAUCGGAGGAUGAUUCCACAAAUCUCAUGCUGGUCAGUAACACACCAUCUGACUCGGUCAAACUCCAUCUACCUCCUCUGCCUAGUAGUUCUCGAAUCCAGAACGUGGCAAUGUCCAACUCUCCUAACAUGAUGAAGGAUGAAUUGGUAGUGGCGGUCAAGUUGUUGGGAUCUGACGUGUAUCUGUGCGAGCCCUUCAGCGGCUCUUGCUCUCAAUGGAUCAACAUCCAUACCUCUGGUUCUGUACACCCUUUCUCGAGUCUAAUGUAUUCAAAGAAGAACAAUAAGUUUCUCACUGUUUGUCCUUCUGGACUGUUCUAUUGGUCAUUGGAUCUCCACGCAAAGGAGAAGGAAGAUUUCGAACCCAAUUUCCACUACUUGUGUAAUCAAAGGGACCAUGUAAGGAAGGUGCUUCAGACAAAUUUGGAAGGGUUCAUCUGGUGUUCCAGAACGGACCACUUCGUGGAGUCACCCUCCGGCGAACAUUUCCUCGUCAAGUGGUUCGGCGAGGAUGACAAGAACUGGGACAAGGAAACAAUCUACCAUAAAACAAAAGGGUUUUUGGUGUUUAGAGUGGAUACAAUUUGCGGUGAUUUGGUUUACACGGAAGACAUUGGAGAUCUUUGUAUCUUUCUUGGACAUAAUGAAGCAUGCUGUGUCCCUGCAAGCUCGUCUCCUGGACUCAGGCCUAACUCUAUCUAUUAUGUGGGCCGUAACUUUGGUGUUCACGACAUCGCAGCCGAUAUUAGCACUACCUUCUACGCAAAAGAUGAAGUUCUAUUAACAUCAACUGAGUUCCCUUACUGGCCUGCUCCAUCUUACUAG